GAUUUUAUUUGCGCGCCAAAUAAACAAGAUCAUAUCCUUGAAUUUCAUAAAGCUUAUAGAAAAUUAUUAUCCCGAAGGCUAUGGGAGUGCGUCACCAUGCAAAGACUCGAUUCUACCGCCAACCGAAAUAUUAUCAACACCAGAUCACUUGGGCAUUCCCGACGUGUAAACAUACUACGCCGAGGCAAGGGUACGCGUAGCAGUAGUAGUAGGGGUAGUAGGUCAUCAUCACCUACCGUCUCAUCACCGAAAGGGAAGUCGAAGCAAAAGGCCUCGAAAACAAUUAUUGAAACCACAUGCAUUUCGGAUAAUGGAAUCAAUGAUCAUUUAAAUGAACCUUUUGCGGUACUGACUACGGUUGGACUUACAAGAAACAGUGACAAUACGUCGGGAAAGAUGCAUCUGAACUCUACGCAAGAAGAAGUUUUGCCAGAGGAAGGCAAAGUUUUAUUAGUUAAAGAUGCAAUUGGAAGUUCCAACGGUGAUGGUAACUUGCAGCCCGAAAAAAUAGAUGAAGAUGUAGCUUCCGGUAAUGAAGUUGAUGGAAUCGAAUCUUUGGUUGAAUGCUGUAUGGAACAAGAUGAUGAUAAAGUGGUAGCUAAAGCCGAGGAUAUUAGUACUUUAGAUGCUGUAGAUGAAUCGGCUUUGGAUUGCACCGUCAAGAAUAGUCCAGCAGCUUCUGGAGAUCAAGAUGACAAAAAAUCCGUGCCAAAAAUUAAAGUUAAAGAUAAUUUGUUAGAAAGUAAACCAUAUGAAAAAAAUUCGCUAGUCGAAAAAAUUAAAUUAAUGGAAGAGAGUAAUUCGUUGGACGAAACCGGAGCAGUGUCUGAUGAAGACAAUCUGAUGAUUGAUAUUAACCCGGCUGAUGUACAGUGUGUUCAAGAUGAUAAAGACUCUGAAUCUUCACAAGAUAGCGUAGAAUUUAGACUGACCCAUAGAAAAAAUAAGCGCAAGUCAAACAGAAACCUACGAGAGCAAGAAGAGAUUUCUUUCGCAGCUAAAAAAUUUAAGAGACAAAUUGAACAAACAUUCAAUAGGCGCGAUAAAGUAAUAAAGGAUUAUUUCCAAAAAACGGAAUCUUUUACAGCUAGUACAAAAGAGAAUAUAAAACAUAUGACACAACACAUGGAACUAAUCAUGAAUGAAAUACGUCAGUUGAAUGAUCUCAUACGUCAAAAGGAACAAGAAUGGAAUGAGUUAGUCUACUUGCAAAAAGCGAAAGAAGAAUUAUUAUUAAGAUUGUCAAGAAAGAGGGACGUAAUGUUAAUGCGUAUGAAAGUUGAUGAUGGUCACAAUACGAGUAGUGACCUGAAUGAUAUGACAAGGCUGAACUCUAACUGUUCUAACAAUGCUGUUAGUUUAACAAAUAUUUUAUCAAAAAGUAUGUUUCCAAAUUAUUUCUCAAAUGCAGCGCCUGUUAAUGGGGAGGUCACUAAUAAAAUUGAACCUCAAGUUAAUCAUUUUGCAAAUAAUGUUCAUAAUGGGGUAACAGUUUUACCAGUAAAUAGUGGGAGCAAUUUCCAAGCUAAGAUUCAGCUACCUCCGCAAGCCCAUAGCAAUAAUAUUAUUAAAAAUGGUCCAAUGAAUCAUUUUAAUAAUCUUGGCAAUAUCAAUCAUAAUCAAUUUAUGCUCAACCAGCAACUGAACAGUCCUAUCAAUGGUCGACAAGGUCUAGUCAAAGAUGUAAAAUCUAUAAUUGCAGACUACAGGCAACAGCAUCCGGAAGUAGUUCCAAAGAGGGGAAGACGUAUGAAGUCUGUAUUGCAAAGUAACAAUGUUGGAAUUGCUGAUGGAGCAAAUGAUGCUAAUAGACUUUCUGAACUUGGCCUGUUACUGUCUAAUAAUGAAAUGGGAUCAAGACCAUCUAGUUCUGAAUCAAAUGAUAAUGUGCUUCUGCGCAACCAACAUUUCCAAUUAAACAGUGAUAAUGGCAUCCCAUUAUCUUUAAUGAAUGAUAUUUCGCGAACAAGUGAUAUUUCUCUGCAUCCAAUAAAUGGCAAUCUAGAAGACACUGGAAAGCAGCAAAGUUUGCUUCAUGGUAUAUUAUCUAAGAAGUCUCAACGAACUACAACAAGUACAUCUGAUUCAAAUGCUUACACUUCAACUUUGGCACGAUUGCUGACAGCCCCAGAAAGAAAUUCCAGUAAUACAUCAAUAAAUCACCUACCAUCUACAUUGGCUGAAAGGCUUGGAGGGAAUAUAAGCAACAGGAAAACCAUGAUUGUAACAAAUGAAAGGAGUAAAAGAAGAUGUACAGAUGAAGUUACCAUAACUCCUAUAGAUAAUAGGCCUGCUGUUGAAUCAAACGAGGUAAAAGAAGAGCCAAAAGAUUCAGGAGAGCAUCAUAUAGAAAUAAAUAUCAAUGGUGAAAGUGCUGUGACAGAAGAAAAUGGAGAUGAGGAAGAGGAAACUCCACCAGCCUGUCAAGGCUGUAAUAAAUCUGAAGCACAUUAUGUUUGUGCAGGCUGUGCUAAUCAAUGGUAUUGUUCGAGAGAAUGUCAGGUGAAUGCUUGGGAAGUUCAUUCAGAGGUUUGCAAGGGUUAAGACGAGCAUGAGUAAUGUGUUGUCUUUACUUGAAGUGUUCAACUUUCAUUUUUGUUAAAUCAACAAAACUGAUGUGACAAUUUUGCCAAAAUAUCUUAGGAGUAUUAUUAUUUAAUAUAGUCCAAUGCAUAUUUAAUGAAUACAUAUAUAACUGUUGUUUUAAAAUGAAUUUGUAUUAUAUCGCUAUUAUAUCAUAAAUAAUAUUGUGUUUUUGUAAUAA